AUGUCAGAAGGUAUAGUUGCUGAUAUCUCAAAGCAGCUGACAAUCAUUGGGUCUGCAACGUGUGGAAAGACGAGCAUUCUUACAAGACACAAAAAAAAGGUGUUUGGCACAGAAAUAAGUCCUACUGUGUUUAACUCUGUGAACAACAUGUAUAAGCAUAUGGGCAAUACCAUUGAGCUGCGCUUAUGGGAUACUGCAGGGCAGGACGAGUAUGCAAGGUUCAGGCAUCUGGCGCUGCCAUCUGCAGAUUAUAUUACGAUUGUUUAUGCAAUUGAUGACAGAACGUCGUAUGCAGAGGUGAAAAAUAACCUUGUUGGACAGGUUCGUGAGAAGGCACCUCAUGCAAAGUACUUCCUCGUGGGGGCAAAGUCUGACUUGAGAGAUGACAGUCAAAGGCUUGAGGAGCUUGCAAGAAACGGUGAUUCACCUAUAUCUACAGUAGAAGGACUGGAGCUUGCCAGAAGUAUUGGCGCUGUUGGGUAUUUUGAAUGCUCUGCAAAGAGUGGAGUUGGAGUGGAUGAGAUUUUUGAGAAGAUCUCUGAGUAUGCACUACAGAUGCAUCUCAAGGAGAGUAAAUCGUUUUUUGGAGGAGUUUGGUCUUCAUUGUGUGAUUUCAUCUGUUGCAGAGAAAUAAAUUGA